AUGAUAAAGAAUCUUGAUUUUCCGGUGGGUCGGGCCGGUCGGCUCCUCCUCUGCGCCGCCCUGCUCCUCCUCCUCCUCCCGCCAGCACCCGCCGUCGCCUCCGGAGAGUGCAAGUGCGAGCCGGAGGCCCCGGAGUACCGGGACAAAUCCCUCGCCACCAAGUACAAGGCAGUUGCGAUCGCCUCCAUCCUGGCGGCCGGCGCCGCCGGCGUCUUCCUCCCGGUUGUCGGGAAGCGGGUACCGGCGCUGAGCCCCGAGAGGAGCAUGUUCUUCGUGGUGAAGGCCUUCGCCGCCGGCGUCAUCCUGGCGACGGGGUUCAUCCACGUUCUGCCGGACGCCUUCGAGAGCCUGACCUCGACGAACCUGACCGACGGCGGGGGGCCGUGGGGAGAUUUUCCGUUCGCGGGGUUCAUCGCCAUGCUGGCGGCCGUCGGGACGCUGAUGGUGGACACGUACGCCACGUCGUACUACCGGCGGCGGAUGGCGGGGAAGACGGAGGCCGUCGGAGGGGGAGGUGAUCGCGAGGAGCUUCCGGUGCACACGCACGCCGGCCACGGCCAUGCGCACGGGGCGGUGGCAAUGGAAGCCGGCGGCGAGGGCGAGUUGCUUCGCCACCGUGUGAUUUCCCAGGUGUUGGAGUUAGGAAUAAUAGUCCACUCUGUGAUAAUUGGUGUUGCUUUGGGUGCUUCUGAAAAUCCUAGAACAAUAAGGCCUCUAAUUGCUGCUUUGACCUUUCACCAGUUCUUUGAAGGCAUAGGGCUUGGAGGUUGCAUAGCUCAGGCGAAAUUCAACGUGCGUUCGGUGAUAACGAUGGCGCUUUUCUUCUCGAUAACGACGCCUGCUGGUAUCGCCAUAGGCAUCGGCGUAAGCAACAUGUACAACGAGGAAAACCCGAAGGCACUCAUAGUCGAGGGGGUUUUCAACUCGGCUUCGGCAGGGAUUCUCAUCUACAUGGCCCUUGUGGAUCUUCUUGCUGCUGAUUUUAUGAACCCUAAAUUGCAAAACAAUGGGAAACUGCAAAUGUUGGCUAAUGCCUCACUACUCUUUGGGGCUGGCUGCAUGUCUCUUUUGGCUAAGUGGGCUUAA